AUUAACAAUCACGUUUUACGAGAGUGGCCACAAACUUGCAGUCGCUGGUCGCCUCGAGUCGCUACGUGCACACACCACACGCCUCCCUCGUGAAUAAAAACACAACGUUAUAUAUUCUCUGUGAAAGUCAUUUUAGUGAAAAAUAAAAUGGAUAUGGACAGUUAAAGUGAAUGUUGCAGUGGGGAAUGGCCGCUUUGCUCGCAGUGGUAGUGCUGUGCGCCGCCGCCGCCGCCACCAACGUCGAGAAUUACUUCCAAGAGAACCGUCGCCUGGCGAAAGCGAUGGUGGAAGCUCUGCAAGACUCCAAGUUUGACGAGGAGCUGCUGUUUGAUCUGAAGAAGGAGAACCAGGUGUACCUGAACCGCACCAUGUCACUGGUCAUCAAGUAUAUUGUUAAACGCGAGGUAGACAAUUACCGCUCGCGGCGCACCGAUGCGAUCAGCCGGCGAAUCUACUCCUCACUCGUCAUGAAACUUAUCGAUAUUGCUAAGGAUCUACCCCGCAACACAACGGCUCAGAGUCGCAUCGACACCGCACAUCGCUACUACAUGUCGGUGGAGAGCAGGGACAUGCACGACCAGAUGGCAGACGUCCAGGUGUUCCAUGCUUGUGCCAGGCUGUAUGAUAUCAUGUUCACUGCUCCUAGGAUUAUAGCUCAGCUGGGUAAGCUAGACGACCUGACGCCGAGGAUCCUGGUCAGGAAACUGAACGACAUGGAAAUCAAACCAGUUCAUCUUGGAGUAGCCUUGCUCAUACAGUACCACCUCCGCAACACAGUGAACUUUGCGAUCAGAUCCAAGGCAUUAGAGGUUCUAGCUACUAAGCCGCAGAUGGUGGGUCCUCAAGUGAUAGACAUGUUGAAGGCCCUCGCCUCCAAGAUGCUGCCCAUUGCUGAGCUGCUGGAUAUCCACCUGGCACACUCCAGCCCAGCUUUCAAAGACUCUUGCCCCAGCACUUGGCUUGGUAUCGUUAAUAAUAAACAGGCCUAAACUUUCGUUCAUUGUGUAAAUUGACUAAAUAAAUUGAC